AGAAUAUCCUAUCAACAUCUACAAAAGCAGCUCUCUUUUUUCUCAUUUUUCUUUCCUUCUGUUCCUUUCUCUUAGCUUGAAAACUGAAAGCAUCCCCCCCACCUCUCUGUGGGAGGAUUCUUAUUGUUUGAGGAUUAAAAUUCCACAUCUCCUGAAAUGGCUCAUUUCAGUGGCUCUUCUUACUAUUCUGCUCCUCUGACCGAAAGUCCUUUUGCAAAUCCAGGACAGACUUUGGAUGGGUGUGACCCAGUGUCUUGGUACACCCCAAAAACUGACUCACAAUUCCCAGAAGGAAAUGGAUCCCGUGUUGCCUUGCUUAGGUCUACUGAGAAGUUCUGGAGAAGAACGAGGAAGGAGGAAAGUGUCCUGGAAGGAGGAACCAGAAGAUGGGCUGGAGAUCAUCAACUUUGCCGGGAGUUCUUCUACGAAGAAGGCGAGGCACCCCGAGAACUUUGCACUCGCUUACACAGUCUUUAUCGUCAAUGGCUGAAGCCAGAGAAACACACGAAAGCUCAGAUGUUGGACUUGGUGGUCUUGGAGCAGUUCCUGGCCGUCCUGCCCCCAAAGAUGGAGAGCUGGGUGCGAGAGUGUGGAGCAGAGACCAGCUCCCAAGCUGUGGCCCUGGCAGAAGGUUUCCUCCUGAGCCAGGCGGAGGAAAAGAAGCUGGCAGAAAUGCAGGUGAGACAAAAAUUAUUUUGCAGCUAA